AUGGAGUUUAGUGUUGGCGAUUCUGUCGAAGCUGUCGAUCAGUUAGGAAUUUGGACAAAAGCGAAAGUUGUCAGCAAAUCGGACAACGCAAUUGUUGUAAAUUUUUCUCCGUGGAGAGCCGAGUGGGAUCGGGAGAUCAUUGCCCCGUCCGAGAUCAGGAGAGUAACGCCAGAAGAAACGUUUUGCAAACAACAAGGUAAGAAGUUGUAAAGAUUACUUUUUUAGAAACGAUCAGCCGAUCAUCGAUCUGUACACAUGGCACGGUUUUCAUCUUUAGUUUGUUUUAGUUUUAUCGUGCGUGAAAUAAUCUUGAUUGUUUAUUUACUUGCUUUCAGUUUCCAAACCUAAAGAAGCUAUUCCAAGGUGAUGUUGUUUACGUUAACGGUAAAGAAUUGAAGGUUUUGCGGUCAGAUCCUAUCAGGAAAGUGGUGAGUAACAAAGGCUAUCUUAAUUCUCCUUUUGAGAAAACAAUAUUUAACCUUUCACUCGUAAGAUCUAAAGUACAAUUCUCCUAACCUAUGACCAUACAAACCUUUGUUGGCUGUUCCUGAGAAUUUGGUGUUACAUAAAAGUACUAUCCCUAGUUGAUAAUUUUCUAAAUUCUCAUCACAUGUCUCCUUGACAGAGUAUUGAAACUGUUAGGGGAAUUUAUUUGCUUGUCACUCCUCCAAAACUGGUCACUUUGCAUAUUGUCAGAUAACAUCAUAAUUGGGUUACAUUGUUGUAAGUGCAGGCAAGGUAAAUUUUUUUAAUUGGAAUUACAGUCGACCCCUGAUAACUCUAACCUUAAAGGAAAAUAGAAAAAAGGUUUGAGUUAUUAGAAGUUUGGGUUAUGGAGGGUAAAAUUACACAGAAAAUGGCCUGAAGGGAAAUGAAAUUACUUCGAGUUAGUGGGAGGUUUGAGUUAGCAAGGGUUCAUGUAAGGAUAGUAAACUGUAUUAAGAAGUGAAAGUCGAGAAGCCAUAAAGAGUUCUUAGAAUAACCACAAAAAGAAUGUUAUUACUGUUUUGUGCAGACAAUUUUGUGAACUUAAUUUUUUUUAAUAGAGCCACCCUAAAUGUUCUGGUAUAGGUAUAUGGUAACCUCAACAUGAUUGCUGUCUAGUCAGUAAGUUACACAAUUUCUGAGAAUAAGAAAGAUUAUGCACAUUAACUGUUACCACUAUAGUUAAACAUAACCAUUUUAUCAUUUUAGGUGACUGUAGACCUUGAAGGGGAGACGUGUUUCAACAUCUGGGAGGUAGACGGGAACAAACCUUUGGAGGAGGCCCAACAGUUGCAGGAGAAUAAGAGGAAGAGACAGAAGACCCAGAACCAUGACACCACUACAGGAGAACGUCAUUCAAGUGACAAGUCCUUGCCACAAGAACAUGUGCAGCCUAGCAACCAUGCAGUUCCUGCAACUGAAGAUCUUCAUUUCUACUUUUAUGUAGAUAAAAGUGGAAUUGUUUUAACUGUUGGAUCCCUGUAUUCAUUUAACUUUUGUAAAGAUUCAGUUUUUAUCUGUAACGGAAUCUCCAAAAAUAAGGAAACAUUUAAGUUUAAGUUUUUUCUUUGUUUCCUGGGGGAAGGCAAAGUUGAAGGUAUUGAUAGAAGUGUUUGCUGCACAUUGAACGACAUGAAACAUGUUUUGUCCCGUUCUGAUGUGGUUGUUGGAUCAAAGGCAAAGGGCCUAGUGGAUAAAAUUAUUUGCGAGGGUUGGGAUAGGGUUUUGUUUUGCCAGGUAAACAAUUCUGAAAAUGUUUCUUACUUGUUACACUUAAGAAAGAGUUGUUUGGCUAGUCAAAUACGCUAG